CUGACAUAGAAAAUCAGAUGUCAAUCCACGAUCAUCCCAUUCUACGCAACUAUCAUGUGAAAUCUCCUUGCUCAUCCUCUCAACCAAUUUUAUCAGCACGAAUUGAAUCACGUUCCAGAGGGUACUUUUAGUCAAUCCCGUGUGACGGUGUCAGGCUCGCAACGCGAUCCAGCGCCCUGUAAAAGAGGGGUAUUGCGGCUCCUGGAAAGCACAUAAGGAAAGCCGACCCUGAAUUGGAAGGUUGCGUUUGGCAUAGAAGCACAGGACUUGAUUCAGAUUAUCAAGAACAACAACAAACCUCAAGAACUUUUCUGUACUAGACAAGAGCGAUGGCAACAGAAACAGUCAAACAGACAGCCGCUGGCUCACCGAAUGCUCCUUCAACCACAAAAGCAGGCGUCCCGUUCCAUCCUACCUCUACCAACUACGCCGAUGCCCAAGCGCACGCAAACACCGCAGAACAGAUCCAUAUCCCAGAUGGCAGAAGAAACAGCCAAGGCGAGAUCCUUCCAAGCCCGACCGAGAGCUGGAAACCGAAGAUGAACAGGGUGCAGAGCUGGAAUCAGGAAGACUUGAAGCGGAAGGCCUACCAGGUAGAGAUGGGUGAGUGCGAGAAGGGACAAGGCACGGGGUUCACGGAGGGUGGACCGGGUACGAGACGUAUUUGAAGGGAAGGGGUUGACUGAUCUCGAAUGGGGACUACGAAGCGAUGAUGCCGAUGAGGGAAAUCCCACCGAAAAUGAAAACACAUGAUGGCAGUGGCAUUUAUGCUUGGUUUCGGCGUUAGGUGGACUGGUUGGUGAUUUGGAUAUGGCGUAAGAGCAUACACGGCAUCACGAACCAAAAUUGCACGACUGGUUAUGAGACUAAUGAUUCAUCUCAUUGUGCAAGCGGUUUGGGAGCUCAGAGUCUGCAAUAGUACAUAUUGAGCAUGAUUCUCUUCUCAUUCUGCUUGGAUUUCUCUCUAUUUGACCUCAUCUUUCCCGUAGGCUCUUUAUCAAUGCUAGAACUCCAUCCCAAG